AUGGUUAAGCAGUGGAGGACAAAGGUUCCAGGUUAAUAGCUCUAGAUGUGGGCCCAUAUCCCCUCGUUCCUCAAGGGGGGAGGACCACCCCUCCUACACUCACAUGGUGUGAAUGAGCGCCCCCCCCCCUCCCCCUUCUCUAGAGUUCUUGUUCUGCAGCUGAUAAGUGAUACAUUUCUAGCUUGUCAAAACGUGCCCAAAUUCCAGGCUAAUACUAUAAUAAUAAUAAUUUUGAGUUUAUAAAAUAUCGAUAUUGUUCUGACUUUCUUGCCACCCUGCUAUCUUCCAUCCUUCAAUUCCCAUAUUGCAAAAGUAACGACCAACGUACUUCAACACAAGUUUUUGGUGCAAAAAAAAAAAUUGGCACAUUUCGGCUAAGAAAAAACACUCGAUCAAAUUUGUUUUAUGAGAAUAAGUAUUUAUAGUCUUUAAUUAAUAAUAAUCAUCAUCAUCAUCGUCAUCAUUAUGACAGGCACAAAGACGAUGUCGCAAACUUAUCUUAGAAAAGUUUUGUUUCAUUUCUUUUAGCUUCUGGUUCUGGCCGGUAUCAAUACGACUCAAAAGCCUUCUUAUUUUCGCUGGUAAACAAACCAGGAUGGGCGCCUGUCAAAUUGUCUCAGUCAGGGCAAUAUAGUUAUAGAAAAUAUUCCACAUUCUUUCGCUCAUCCUAUGGGCCUACAUUCGGAGGGGGACAUAACAUUCACAUUUCCAACUGCGCGUCAUCUAAUAGCAAUUCUCACAGCAACCUUGGCUGGACUUACAGCCCACCGAGCGGAUACAGCGUCACCAGCACCUUCGCACGAACAUUCCUGGCAGGAACAUACAGAUUCACAACAGACGAAGUUGAAACCUUUUACGAAACAACCUAA